GUCAGCCGGAGGCGAGAAGACGAACUGGGCUGAGGGGCCCCGGGGGCGAGCGGGGGCGAGGAGAAGACCGAGGAUGAGGCACUUUGAUCAGGAAACAUCUAAAUAUGUUGCCCUCUGGAAGAAAACAUACCGGGAAAUCUGGGAAGAUAUCAAUGGAGGAUCAGCUUCUAAUAGCCUUUGAGUUCGAGAAAGAAGAUAGAAAAGCUCUGAGCGGUCCAGAGGAGGAUGUUACUCGUGCAAAGACUCCGGCAAUUGAUAAGCUUGGGAAGAAAAGGACUUCUGCAGGAAUACUUGAAAAUACGGGAGAUGAAGUACAGACUAUGCUGGAAAAAAUUGGAGCUAACAUUAACAGUUCUCUUCUUGCAAAGAAAAAAAGACUAGCAAUGUAUACCAAGGCUUCCCUCAAAACCAGUAGCCAGAAAAUUGAACAUAUUUGGAAAACCCAACAAGAUCUCAGACAGAAGCUUAGUAAGGAAUUUUCUCAGCAGUGUAUGACUUUGUUUCAGCAGUGGGAGAUAGAUGUGCAGAAGGCUGAGGAACAAGAAGAAAAACUAGCUAAUUUGUUUCGACAGCAACAAAAGAUUUUUCAACAAUCUAGAGUUAUUCAGAGCCAGAGACUGAACACAGUUAAACAGUUAUAUGAGCAGUUCGUAAAGAGCAUGGGUGACUUGGACAAGAAUCAGGAUACUCUCCUUACUGGUGCACAAAUUGAACUUAAAAAAGAAAUGGCUUUGUUGCAAAAACAAAUUAUGAUGGACACUGUAAGUUAUGAUAGUAAACACUGA